UCCCAGGCAGCAGAGAGCAAGCUGCAGUCCAGCUCCCCGCUGCCGCCAUGGUUCUCACCGCCGCCUGCGUUCUUCUGCUCUCCCUGGCCGCCCUUGGCGCAUCGGGUCAGGGCCAGAUCCCGCUGGGUGCAGACCUGGGCCCGCAGAUGCUGCACCAACUGCAGGAGACUAACGCCGCGCUCAGGGACGUGCGGGAGCUGCUGCGGCAGCAGGUCAAGGAGAUCAUGUUCCUGAAAAACACGGUGAUGGAGUGUGAUGCGUGCGGGAUGCAAUCCGUGCAUACAUCGAGCCUGAGCGUGCGGCCGCUGCCCCAGUGCGCGCCCGACUACUGCUUCCCCGGCGUGGCUUGCACCAUGACGGCUAGCGGCGCGCGCUGCGGACCCUGCCCUGCAGGCUUUACAGGCAACGGCUCGCACUGCACCGAUAUCAAUGAGUGUAACGCCCAUCCCUGCUUUCCCCGCGUACGCUGCAUCAACACCAGCCCGGGCUUCCGCUGCGAGGCUUGCCCACCCGGGUACAGCGGCCCCACCCACGAGGGCGUGGGGCUGGCUUUCGCCAAAGCCAACAAGCAGGUUUGCACAGACAUUAACGAGUGUGAGACUGGACAACAUAACUGCGUUCCCAAUUCCGUGUGCGUCAACACCCGGGGCUCCUUCCAGUGUGGCCCGUGCCAGCCCGGUUUCGUGGGCGACCAAGAGUCCGGCUGCCGUCCGCGCGCACAGCGCUUCUGCCCUGAUGGCACGCCAAGCCAGUGCCACGAGAAGGCCGACUGCGUCCUGGAGCGUGAUGGCUCGCGGUCGUGCGUGUGUGCCAUCGGCUGGGCCGGCAACGGGCUCCUCUGUGGUCAGGACACGGACCUGGACAGCUUUCCAGACGAGAAGUUGCGUUGUUCUGAGCGCAACUGCCGUAAGGACAACUGCGUGACUGUGCCCAACUCAGGGCAGGAGGACGUAGAUCGCGACGGCAUUGGAGACGCCUGUGACCCUGAUGCGGACGGGGACGGGGUCCUCAACGAGGAGGACAACUGCCCGCUGGUGCGGAACCCAGACCAGCGCAAUUCGGACAACGACAAGUGGGGCGAUGCUUGCGACAACUGCCGGAACCAGAAGAAUGACGACCAGAAAGACACAGAUCAGGAUGGCCAAGGCGACGUCUGCGACGACGACAUCGACGGUGACCGAAUCCGAAAUGCGGUGGACAACUGCCCUAGGGUGUCCAACUCAGACCAGAAGGACAGUGAUGGCGAUGGCGUAGGGGAUAUCUGUGACAACUGUCCCCAGAAGAGCAAUCCAGACCAGGGGGAUGUGGACCACGACUUUGUGGGAGACGCUUGUGACAGUGACCAAGACCAGGAUGGGGAUGGGCACCAAGAUUCGCGGGACAACUGCCCCACAGUGCCCAACAGUGCCCAGCAGGACUCAGACCGCGAUGGACAGGGUGACGCCUGUGACGAGGACGAUGACAACGACCGAGUCCCUGACAGUCGGGACAACUGCCGCCUAGUGCCCAACCCUGGCCAGGAAGACUCAGAUGGGGACGGUGUGGGUGAUGCGUGCCAGGGCGACUUUGACGCGGACAAGGUGGUGGACAAGAUCGAUGUGUGUCCGGUGAAUGCAGAGGUCACCCUCACUGACUUCCGUGCUUUCCAGACGGUCGUGCUGGACCCCGAGGGCGACGCACAGAUAGACCCCAACUGGGUGGUGCUCAACCAGGGGAUGGAGAUUGUGCAGACGAUGAACAGUGACCCUGGCCUGGCUGUGGGUUACACGGCCUUCAAUGGUGUCGACUUCGAAGGCACAUUCCACGUGAACACUGUCACAGAUGACGACUAUGCCGGCUUCAUCUUUGGCUACCAGGACAGCUCGAGCUUCUACGUGGUCAUGUGGAAGCAGAUGGAGCAGACGUACUGGCAGGCCAACCCCUUCCGUGCUGUGGCUGAACCUGGCAUCCAGCUCAAGGUUCCAAAUCCUCCUGCAGACUCCUAAGACCACAUUAUGUCACAGAAACUCUCCAGCAAAUUUCCCAAGUCCUCUAGACCAGAGGUCCCCAACUCCCGGGCCACAGACUGGUACCAGGAGGUGAGCAGCAAGCGAGUGAGCGAAGCUUCAUCUGUAUUUGCAGCCACUCCCCAGCACUAGCAUCACCGCCUCAGCUCCACCUCAGAUCAUCAGGCAUUAGAUUCUCAUAGGAGCACCGGUCCCUGGUGCCAAAAAGGUUGGGGACCGCUGCCCUAGACCCGUUUAUCCCAUAGACACCCAAAACUUUCUACAGGCCACCAAAUCCUCCUGCAGACCUCAGACCUAUCCAUAGAUGCCCAAAUCCUCUCAUAAGCCCCCAGACCACUGCUGCCUCCUACAACCCACCUGCGAAUCUCCCUGUGGUCCUCAAGAAGGCAUCCUUAUGGGUCUCCCAUUCAGGCCCCGAGGGCCUCCAUCACUCCUCCACGAUCUGCAGAUCCCACCAGGCAGGAUUCUG